AUGUCCACGGGAGCAGCAGCAGCAGCAGCAGCAGCAGCAGCAGCAGCAGCAGCAGCAGCAGCAGCAGCAGCAGCAGCAGCAGCAGCAGCAGCAGCAGCAGCAGCAGCAGCAGCAGCAGCAGCGGCAGCAGCAGCAGCAGCAGCAGCAGCCGCAGCAGCCUCCGCCCCCUGUUUCUGGCCUUCGGGCCCUUGGUCUCCCCUCCUCUCCUCCUGUGUUCGGUCCUACUCCUCCUCGUUCUCCUCCGUCUGUCCUUCCUCGUCCUCCUGA